CAGCCAACGCAGACUGCAGAGAAAACAAAACGCAGCCUCAGAAAAGUGUGUGGGAGAAAGAAGAUAGAAAGUGCUUCUUCUGCAGAAGUACUUUCUGGGUAAGGGCUUCUAUAUAAAUCUCCAGGAUUGCACAUAGCCCCUAUAGACAAUGGGAGCCAGAGGCCAAAUGUCUGCUGCCAAAAAGCCUGAAGAGCAGAAAACGCCUAUCCAGCGAGCACCACACACAAAACCCCCAUUCACUCUUAGCCAACUCAAGAAAGCCAUCCCACCCCAUUGUUUCCAACGCUCUCUCCUGCACUCAUUCUCAUAUGUUGUUUAUGACCUCUCCUUAGCCUUCCUCUUCUGUUACAUUGCUACCUCUUACUUCCAUCUCCUCCCUCACCCCCUUUCCUACUUGGCAUGGCCAAUCUAUUGGGCUCUCCAAGGCUGCAUUCUCACCGGCGUUUGGGUCAUUGCUCACGAGUGCGGUCACCAUGCCUUUAGUGACUAUCAAUGGGUCGAUGACAUGGUUGGCCUAACCCUUCACUCUGCUCUUUUAGUUCCAUACUUUUCGUGGAAGAUCAGCCACCGCCGCCACCACUCUAACACCGGCUCCCUUGACCGAGAUGAGGUGUUUGUCCCCAAGCCGAAAUCCAAAAUGCCAUGGUUUUCCAAGUACUUCAACAACCCACCAGGCAGGGUCCUCACUCUUUUUAUCACACUCACUCUAGGUUGGCCCUUGUACUUAGCCUUGAAUGUUUCUGGCCGACCCUAUGACCGUUUUGCUUGCCACUACGAUCCCUACGGCCCCAUUUAUUCCAAUCGCGAAAGGCGUCAAAUAUUUGUCUCGGAUGCCGGUGUUUUUGCUGCAACUUAUGUGCUUUACUGCGCAGCAAUGGCAAAAGGGCUGGCAUGGCUUGUAUUCAUUUAUGGUAUGCCAUUGCUCAUAGUGAAUGGCUUCCUUGUGUUGAUCACAUACUUACAGCACACUCACCCUGCAUUGCCGCACUACGACUCGUCGGAAUGGGAUUGGCUCAGGGGAGCGUUGGCGACCGCGGACAGAGAUUACGGAAUGCUGAAUAAGGUUUUCCACAAUAUCACAGAUACCCAUGUGGCUCACCAUCUCUUCUCUACUAUGCCUCAUUACCAUGCAAUGGAAGCCACCAAAGCAAUCAAGCCAAUAUUGGGUGAGUACUACCAGUUUGAUGGCACUCCAUUUUACAAGGCAAUGUGGAGGGAGGCUAAAGAGUGCCUUUAUGUUGAGCCGGAUGAGGGGGCCCCUAACAAAGGCGUUUUCUGGUAUCAGCACAAGCUGUGAUACUAGCUGGACUGAGCCAAAGAAAAUGUGGUUAGUAGGGUAGUGUCUUUGGUCAGUUUAGUGUGUUAAAGGAACAAAUGAAGAUCAAAAUAAGGAUCACAAUUGUAUUAGUGUCAGUGCUGCUGGGUUUAUGUAAUGUGGGUUGUGUUCAAUGAAAGUUCUGUUUCUUAAACAAUAUUAGUGUUUGGUAUAUGAGAUAUAUAAUGGAAAACUAGUUUAGAAAAAAGAAAAA